UAUCGUCAAAAUGGCGACGAUGGAAGGUCCACUAAGCAAGUGGACAAAUGUAAUGAAAGGAUGGCAGUACAGAUGGUUUGUCUUAGACGAGAAUUCCGGCAUACUGUCAUACUACACCUCCAAAGAGAAAAUGAUGAGGGGAUCAAGUAGAGGAUGUGUUAGAUUAAAAGGAGCUAUAAUUGGAAUAGAUGAUGAAGAUGACAGUACAUUUACAAUAACAGUGGACCAGAAAACCUUCCAUUUUCAAGCCCGUGAUGCUGAUGAGAGAGAACAGUGGAUAGCCAGUCUGGAGAACACUGUGUACCGACAUUCUCAAGCUGGCAAGAAGCUGGAAGUUCGCCAUGCCCCGAGUCUUGAGGACUUUGACCACAAGCUGAUGGAGACAGAUACCUACCUCCAGAUGCUUAUAGACCAAGUCCAGGCCUUGGAAACACGUAUUGAAGACUGUCCUGAUGAAGCAGAGAGGGAGAAAUACAGUGUCAUAAAAGUAACUGCUGAUGGACUGGUCGAGGCAAUCAAACACACCAUUGUGAUGCUACAGAUCACCAAGGAGAGCCUUAAGGAACCAAUCUUGAAUGGCUCCCCCCAUGACCAGCUGCUACUUACCAACGAUGCCAACUUCAGCCACUUCAGCGACAUCAAACGUCAAGUUCCUGCUUCCCUGUCCACCGACAACAUUGAGCAGGCCGUGGAUGUCGCUAAUGACGCACCAGUCUCAUCCAGUACCUCGCUACCUAACAUAGCAAUACCCUCCGGGUCGACCCUGGGGCCGCCAAUAGUGACAGACAGCACACUGAAUGGAGGGACUGGCAUCCCAGAUGUCUCCUACUCCAGCAGCGAGGAUGAAGAGUUCUACGAUGCUGAGGAGCAGAAGUCGUCACAGAAGACCACCCCCGAACGUGAACUCUCCACACAUAUGGUGGAAGGCGACGAGAACGGCGAGACACAAGUCUCACCACCAGUUAUAGCUUCCAAAGAUGAUUACUAUGAUGAACUCUAUGAUGAUUUAGAUAAAGAGGACCUGGGGUCGCUGGAGCAGCAUGGCAGCAUCAUCGCCCACCUCCUGUCCCAGGUCCGCAUUGGGAUGGAUCUAACCAAGGUCGUCCUACCCACCUUUAUUCUUGAACGAAGGUCAUUGUUGGAAAUGUAUGCUGACUUCUUUGCUCAUCCGGAUCUAUUUGUCAAAGUUGUUGACCUUGAGACUCCCCGUGAGCGCAUGGUGCAGGUUGUUCGGUGGUACUUGUCCGCCUUCCACGCCGGAAGGAACAGCGACAUAGCCAAGAAACCAUACAACCCUAUCCUCGGGGAGACAUUCAAAUGCUUCUGGAACCUUCCUGAUGAAAAAUCUACGGAAGCAGUUGAAGAUGGUCCUGUUCCCUGGGCAACUAAAGACAGCAUAGCAUUCAUAGCAGAACAAGUGUCUCACCACCCACCCAUUUCGGCAUUCUAUGCUGAACACCACAAUGUUAUCUCCCUAGGCGGGUACAUCUGGACCAAGUCUAAGUUCCUGGGUCUGUCCAUCGGUGUCCAUAUGAUUGGUCAGGCCGUGGUGUCUGUUCUGGAUUAUGAUGAAGAAUACACACUCACCUUCCCCAAUGGUUACGGCAGAAUGUCGAUCCUGACAGUGCCAUGGGUGGAGCUGGGAGGGAAAGUACAGAUUGCAUGUGCCAAAACAGGAUACAGCGCCACUGUGGAGUUCCAUACAAAACCAUUCUAUGGAGGGAAGAAACACCGAAUAACAAGUAAGGUGUUCGAACCCAACGAGAAGCUCCCUUUCCUCACCGUGGAGGGAGAAUGGAACGGAGUGAUGUAUGGCAAAUAUACCUCAGGGCAAAAUGAAACAUUUGUAGACACAAAGACAUUACCUAAGUUCAAGAAAAUGCAGCAAGUGAGACCGACUGACCAGCAAGAGGAUUAUGAGUCUCGUAGGUUAUGGCGAGAUGUGACAUACAACCUCAAGCACAAGAAUGUGGAGAAGGCGACGGAGGGAAAGCAGUUCCUGGAACAGCGGCAGCGUGACGAGGCCAAAGACCGGAAGGAGAAGGGGGAGAGAUGGGAAACCAAGUGCUUCCAUGAGGUCGGUGAGCACUGGGUGUACGACCGGCCAUUGCUGAAGAGAGAUAAUCCUUCACCGUCAGUGUGAUGCUGACCUUUGUGAUGAAGGCCACUGUAUCAACAAUGUUCCUGGGGGCUGAGGCUAAGGCAGCCACACAGACACAGACAGACAGACAGACACACACACAAAUGAUUAAUUGAUAUAAACAAUGUGAUAUGCAUUGUCAUUUUGAUGACACUUAUUGUCUGAAUACACAAAUGUUUUUUUUAGUUUUGCAUCCUGCCUGUAUGAUCUUAGUGAUGGUGAUUGUUUAUGCAGGGCAUCUCAGUCAAAAUAAGUUUUGAGAAACAAAUGAAAGUUUAUGUAGAAAAUGAUCAGGUUAGUGAAAGCAUAAUCAUGAUAUUAUCAUCAGGGAAGAAUGAGAAAAGUACAAUGUGAAUAGUGGAAUUGACUGAUUUAUGUUGUGACUUGGAGAAGAUGUUUAUAUGGCUUGUUGGUGCUUGCUAGACUGAAGUUGAGAGUCUUGAGACUUCUACUGCUGAUGUCAACAUUGUCAGUCUAGAGGAUACUCUUUACCCUGGAGGGUUCUAUGUCUGGUAACCUUUCUUACACCCUCUCUGUUCUUCCAGUGCCAUCUAUCAUUUUGUCCCUUGUUGAUUGCUCUUGUCAGGAAGUCCUUUUGAUGAUGGUAUAGGCAUGAUUUGAUAACACACUAUUGUGGCAGAUCAAAUUUUCAGGCCUUUCAUAUGUUUACUCAGUGAUCUGUCAUAUGAAUGUAGGCUAUGUGCAGUCUGAGAUUUAAAACUACGAGACAGAAAACUCAGCAAGAUUCAUCAGCCCUGUCAACUUGUUUAACGACACCCAUCGCAUGUAUCAGUAUACACAGAGACCCGUUUGUUUUGCUGGUUUGCUUAACUGAUCUCCUGACACCGCUACACCUGUACUAGUUGGCCUACUGGGCUUAUCUACUCACUUGCCUACAGCUAUACUAGUUGGCCUACUGGGCUUAUCUACUCACUUGCCUACAGCUAUACUAGUUGGCCUACUGGGCUUAUCUACUCACUUGCCUACAGCUAUACUAGUUGGCCUACUGGGUUAUCUACUAACUUGCCUACAGCUAUACUAGUUGGCCUACUGGGCUUAUCUACUCACUUGCCUACAGCUAUACUAGUUGGCCUACUGGGUUUAUCUACUCACUUGCCUACAGCUAUACUAGUUGGCCUACUGGGUUUAUCUACUCACUUGCCUACAGCUAUACUAGUUGGCCUACUGGGUUUAUCUACUCACUUGCCUACAGCUAUACUAGUUGGCCUACUGGGUUUAUCUCUUGACAUGUCUACAGCUAUACUAGUUGGCCUACUGGGUUUAUCUCUUGACAUGUCUACAGCUAUACAUAGUUGGCCUACUGGGUUUAUCUCUUGACAUGCCUACAGCUAUAGUAGUUGGCCUAUUGAGUUUAUCUCUUGACAGGCCCACAGCUUUACUAGUUGGCCUAUUGAGUUUAUAUCUUGACGUGCCUACAGCUUUACUAGUUGGCCUAUUCAGUUUAUAUCUUGACAUGCCUACAGCUUUACUAGUUGGCCUAUUGAGUUUAUCUCUUGACAUGCCUACAGCUAUACUAGUUGGCCUACUGAGUUUAUCUCUUGACAGGCCCACAGCUUUACUAGUUGGCCUAUUGAGUUUAUAUCUUGACGUGCCUACAACUUUACUAGUUGGCCUAUUGAGUUUAUCUCUUGACAUGCCUACAGCUUUACUAGUUGGCCUAUUGAGUUUAUCUAUUGACAGGCCCACAGCUUUACUAGUUGGCCUAUUCAGUUUAUAUCUUGACAUGCCUACAGCUUUACUAGUUGGCCUAUUGAGUUUAUCUCUUGACAUGCCUACAGCUAUACUAGUUGGCCUAUUGAGUUUAUCU